GCAAAAUGACUCCAACUAAGCAACACCACCUCCAUGUUCUCCUGCUCCUCCUCAUAUGCUCCUACCCACAAAUGCUGCAGCCAAGCAUAAUACCACUGUCCCUUGCCACCCAGAUCAAGCUUCUUCCCUGCUCCAGCUAAAGCAAUCCUUCAUCGACGUUGAUGCAAAGUUGGCUUCAUGGCGAGCUGGAAGUGACUGUUGUCACUGGGAGGGCGUCGCCUGUGAUGUGUCCUCAGGGAGAGUUGUUUCCCUAGACCUUUGUGGGUAUAACUUGAUGAGCCGUCGUUUUGACCCUGCAAUCUUCAACCUCACCUCUCUGAGAAACCUCAGCCUUGCGUACAACGACUUCGGCGCGGCCAACCUCCCAUCUUAUGGGUUUGAACACUUGACAAAUAUCAUCCAUCUCAACUUCUCCCUUACCAAUUUUUUUGGCCAGAUUCCCAUUGGAAUUGCUCGUCUCAAGAACCUUGUCACUCUUGAUUUUUCUGAUAAUUAUGGCUUAUAUCUGCAAGAGCCAAAAUUCCAGACCUUCAUGGCAAAUCUAAGCUAUCUGAGGGAGCUCCGUCUUGAUGGAGUGGACAUCUCCACCAGCGGAUCAACUUGGUCAAUUGUUUUAGCGGACUCUGUUCCUCAGCUACAAAUUCUUAGCUUGUUUCUGUGCGGUAUGUCUGGUCCUAUCGAUCCUUCUUUCUCGAGGCUUCGUUCACUAACGAUUAUCAAUCUCAGAAACAAUAAGGGGCUCACUGGCAAAGUUCCUGAAUUCUUUGUUGAUUUUUCUUCCUUGAGAAUUCUUGAUAUAUCAGGAUGUUCUUUUAGAGGGCAAUUUCCAACAAAAAUUAUCCUGAUGAAAAGUUUGAGGGUGCUAGAUUUGUCAAGGAGCCCUAAUAUUUCGGUGUGCUUACCAGAUUUCCCUGUUGUAAAUAACCUGGAGACAUUAAAUCUAGCAGGGACCACUUUGUCUUGUGAUAUACGCCCGUCUCUUACAAAUCUCAAGUCUUUGAAGAGUUUGGGUCUUAGCAAUGCAGGAGUUUCCAUGGAGCUCUCUUUGAUAGUACAUAAUAUUUCAACAUUGAAUCAACUGCAACUUUAUGGACGAGACAUGGAGACGAGCGUACUAUCUUGGAUAGGCAAACUAACACAAUUGACAUACUUGAAGCUAGAUGGCUAUGAUUUUUCUCAAUCAGUGCCCUCUUGGAUCGGCAAUCUGGCAAGUUUGGAAGGUUUGGUAAUUCGGGAUUGCAAUUUCCCUAGGACAAUACCAUACCAGAUUGGCAAUCUUGUGAAUUUGAAAAAAUUGGACCUCUCAGGUUGCAACUUCUCAGGGUCAAUUCCCUCAACAGUCGGGAACUUGGUCCGACUUGAAUUUUUGAAUAUUGUGGGCAGCAACCUUUCUGGCCAAAUUCCAAAAUUCUUGUUCGCUCUUCCAGCAUUGCAAACACUUGAUUUAAGUUCAAAUCAACUUUCCGGUACUCUGGAACAAUUUUCUGCCCCGUGGUCUUCAAGCUUGUUUUCUAUUUCGUUACACCAAAAUGAGCUCACGGGUGCAAUACCUAAAUCAUUCUUUCGUCUUAAUCAUCUCAAAUAUCUCGAGCUUGACUCAAAUAGAUUCACAGGCACAAUUACACUUAACUCUUUUUGGAGGUUGAAGAGCCUAAGUUCGCUAAGUUUGUCUUACAACAUGCUAUCAAUUGUGGACGAAGAAGAUGACAAUAUAUUAACCUCUCUCCCUAACGUCAACUACUUAGAACUUGCAUCCUGCAACCUCACCAAAAUUCCACGAGCACUAAGAUAUCUAGGUGGAGUUAUAAACCUCAACCUUUCGAAUAAUCAAAUUAAUGGGGUUAUACCAAGUCGGGUAUGGGAGAGUUGGAAGGACCAGCUUCAAUUUUUGAACCUCUCCCAUAGCAUGCUUACUAGUUUGGAGGGAUCUCCUUCUCUUCUUCAUAUGCCAUAUUUAUCCAUCCUUGAUCUUAGUUUUAAUAGACUUCAAGGAAACAUACCAAUACCAGUAACAUUGUACUUCUCAUCAUUAUUCGCGACAUACAAUGAAGUUUUGUUGGAUUACUCAAACAACAACUUCUCUUCCAUUCUAGACAACUUUGGAAAAUAUGUUCAAAAUGUCAACUAUCUCAAGUUGUCCAAGAAUAAAUUAACUGGUCAUGUACCAUCAUCCAUUUGUAGUGCCACCAAACUAACUAUCCUAGACUUAUCUUAUAACAAUUUAAGUGGUUCGAUCCCAUCAUGUCUAGUAGGAAGUGGAAAUUUGAAAAUAUUGAAAUUAAGAGAAAAUCAAUUCCAAGGAAUGCUACCUGAAGAUAUUAGAGAAGGAUGUACCUUUCAAACAAUAGAUUUAAAUGGAAACCAAAUCGAAGGUAAAAUACCAAGAUCACUAUUAAAUUGUCAAGACCUAGAGCUUCUUGAUGUUGGCAACAAUCAAAUUGUCGGUUCUUUUCCAUCUUGGUUGGGUGCUCUUCCACAGCUUCGAGUUCUUGUAUUAAGAUCCAACCAACUAAAUGGUACAAUAUGGGAUAUUAAAGGUGACAGUACAAUCAACAAAUACUUCUCAAGUUUGCAAAUACUUGAUUUGGCCUCCAACAGCUUCUCUGGAAACCUACCAAAAGGAUGGUUUAAUGAACUGAAUGCAAUGAUGGAAAAUGUCAAUGAUGAGGGACAAGUUAUAGGUCAUCAAACAAACCUACCAGAUGGAUUCUAUCAAGAUACUGUCACUGUGACAUUCAAAGAUCUCAAGCUUAAUUUCAGCAAGAUAUUGACCACUUUCAAAGUGAUUGAUUUUUCACAUAACUUGUUUGAUGGUCCUAUUCCGGAGUCAAUUGGGAGGCUUGUUUGGCUGCACGGACUUAACAUGUCAUACAAUAACUUCACGGGGCAAAUCCCAUCUCAGUUCAGCAACUUGUCUCAGCUGGAGUCAUUGGAUCUAUCUCGGAACCAUAUCACAGGGGAAAUACCACAUGAGUUAACCUCACUUACCUCUCUCGGAUGUCUGGAUCUUUCAUACAACAACUUGUCUGGAAGAAUCCCGCAAGGCAACCAGUUCUCAACAUUUUCUGACAAUUCAUUUGAAGGCAAUGAGGACCUCUGUGGAGUUCCACUCUCCAAAGAAUGUGAAAAUCAAAACUCAGUUUCUCCAAGUGAAGUGGCUCCUCCAGAAUAUGAAAGCUUGUGGCGGGACAAACUUGGUGUUAUCCUUUUGUUUGCUUUUGUUGGGUUGGGAUUCGGAGUCGGCUUUGCAUUGGCAUUCUUGUUGCAGCUGUAUUGCAGCAUGGAAGGAUGGGUCAGCAAGCAAUCAUGAAUCCAUAUGUAAUACUAUUUGCACACUGUGUACUGUACUAAAUUUUCUUCCUGAAGAAGAUAUGUAGUGUGCAUAUGGGUUGUACUUUUUCUUUAGGAUGCAUAUGGGUUGUACUUGUUGGAUGAGACAGCUUAAAUAAGCCACUUUUCUGUGA